CGCUCCCGAAGCGACAAGUAGUUGAUAGCAACAUCGGCGAAAAACCGGCAGGAGAACGCAACUGCACGCGUUGCAUCGGCAGCACCAAAAAAAAAUAAAUAAGAAUACCCCUCGAAAAUAUUUUUCAUGUUUAUUUUAACUUGAGGGAAAUUUUAUUUCGAAAACAACAACAACCGAGUACUGAAAACCAAAAGAAAAAGCAAAAGCAAAAAAUAAUAAAAACGUGUCGUUGUCCGUCAAAGCGAAGCGCUCCCAUGUGCUGCAUUACCAAUUGAAAAAACAUAAACAGCGAGCCCGAGGAGAAAUGGGAAAAUAGAACCAGCCGAUAGAUAAACAGCCACUGCAGGAACGUCAACAGAGCCCCAAAACCAAAAAUAUUACGGACUGCGACGACGACUGCAGACGAGGGGGAAAGUGAAAGUGAUCUGAAUAUCAGUCAGUGGAAGCGGAGGAGCGUCUUAUCUACAUCUGCACCUCGCGGAGUGAAUGCACCCUGACGGAUCCUCGAUUAGGUGCCUAAGCCAGAUCCGAAUCUCCAUCAAAGAAGCCAAAUCCAGACUUUUUGUUUUUGCGCGAAAUCAAAAAUAGAUUGUACCAAGCCAAGGAAUCCAAGUUCAGUGUCAGAGACGACACAAAACCUCCCUGCAAUCUGCAAGAUUCGUUCGUUUGCGUGGGGUCAGUCGUCUGCCUCGCAGAACAUCAUUGUCAUUAUCGUCAUCAUCAUCUUUUGGGAGGGUGUGAUUUCGAAAUUUGAAUACCGCAAGCAGCUGUGAUAUUGCAUCUUUCAACAUGACCCAAUCGAAGGAAUCGAAUCCGGAGAAGAGUCGCGAGCUCAUCAGCGAGGAGGGCAUGAAGGAUCUGCUCACCAAACAGCUGGAAAUCGUGGGCAGCGGCGGAGCAUUUGUCUGGGCCAUCUUCUUUCUGUGCGUAACGCCCAACAUAUUGAACGGCUUCCAUGUGUCCUCCUACACGCUGCUGGGCCACCUGCCCGAUGACCAGUGGUGCGGCAUCUCGGACCUGCAGGAUGCCAACUGGACACUGGCCCAGAAGCGGGAGAUCGCGGGGAAGGGAUUGGAGACCGGAGGAUGCACGGUGUGGGACUGGAACUAUGGGCGUUUGGCCAAGAUGUCCUACGAGGCGGCCCUCAAUUACACCAGCCACCUGUCGGAGAUCGCCCAGCCGGCCGAGGUGUCCUGCAAGGCGAAGGGUCGCCACGAGUUCGCCAAUCCGGAGAGCACCUUCGUCUCCGACUGGGACCUCACCUGCGACAGGAGCAUCCAGCGUACUUCCGCUCAGGUUUCCAUUUCGCUGGGCAAGUUCUGUGGCUCCUUUUCCUUUGGCAUCCUGGCGGACAAAUUUGGUCGUAAAACCUCGUUUACCCUGGGAGCUGCAUUCUUCAUUGUCGGCAGCUUCUUCUGCACCUUCUCGCCCUGGUACAGUCUCUUCCUGGCAGGACGAUUUGCUCUGGGAGCAGCUUCCUCCGGACUGUUCUAUCCUGCCUUCACCAUGAUUGUUGAGAACAUUUGCUUGAAGCAUCGUUCCUGGAUGUCCAUAGCCUUCUCAGCCUCCUAUCCGGUGGGCAUGAUUAUCCUGGCCAUUGUUGGCUACAUCAUCCAGCCGUGGAGGCAUCUGCAACUGGCCUUGGCCAUUCCCUCGCUCCUGCUCAUUCUAAACUGCUACUUGAUGAAUGAGUCACCACGCUGGCUGAUCACAAACCAACGAUACGAUCGCGUCUACAAGAUUCUGUUCAGACAGCCCAGCCACUACCAAGUUCAGCCCGCAGUUGCAGCCUCCGCUGCAGUCGUCACCGAUAAGAAGUCGCUGGAGCCGGAAGUGGGUUUCUCGCUGGGGGCGAAGCUUAGGAAUGGUCCCCUAAAGUCCAUCAUUGAGUUGUAUGCAACUCCCAGCGUGCGCAAGAUGAUCUUCGCCUCGUAUUUCAUGUUCUGCGUUACCUCGCUGAGUUAUUAUGUGACGGCUCUGAAUGCCGCCAAUUUGUCAGUGUCAAGGUAUCUGUACAUCAUUGGAACCGGGCUGGUGGACAUACCCUCGUACCUGGUGCCGGUGAUAAUGCUCCGCUUCACGGGUCGUCGCCUCACCACCAUGUUCCUGUUCCUGUGGACGGGCGUGUCCCUGCUGCUGGUCCUCUCCGUUCCCGCCGGCAGCACCACCUGGAUCGUGGCCUUCGCCAUGCUGGGUCGCUUCGGCAUCAGUGCCACCUACUCGGUGGUGACGCUCUACACAGCCGAGCUGUAUCCCACCCAGAUACGGAACUCGGCCCUGGGCACCUGCUCGACCUUCGCCCACGUGGGCUCCAUUUCGGCCCCCUAUGUGGUCGAUUGCCUGGGAGCCCUGGGCUGGUACAUUCCAACCACGAUCUGCGGCUGCUGCGUUCUAGUAGCUGGCCUGCUGACCCUCACCCUUCCGGAAACCAGCACGGGGAAGCUGUCCGACAAGGUGGAGAACACUACGGCCCCGGCCUCCUCCCCGGCAGAGCAGCCCGAGAAGCAGUGAUCGCAGCAGACUGCCUCGCAACUAGGUUAAAUCCCAUUUACACGACUUGAUUUGUCAGCACACGAGACAUUUUUAAAUUUAUAAAGUUGACAAACUUACCUAAUUCUUUAUAGCUGAUUUUUACUCUAAGAGACUUUUAGCCAUUUAGUUUUAAUAAUUAAAAAUCAACAAAACUUCUUUACCUCAGGUUUGCUAUUAAAAAUAUUUAGAAAUGAAAAGCACCUAAUACAUAAUAAACUUAAAGUACCUGAUUUUGGGCAAAAUUAUUUUAAAUAAAAAAAAAAAAUUAUGUUCAAUUUUUUAAGGGUACAUCUCUGAGAACAAAAAAAGACAUGCUGAUAAAUCAAACCGUGGAAAUGGUCAUUAAAGUUAGUCUAAUAAAAAAUUCUAGACAUAUGUAUAUUACUAAGUUCGUUAUUAGUCCGUGCUAUUUCUGCAUUGUUCAAGUAUACAUAUAUUCAUUACUGUUCUGUUUGAUAUCGCAUAAUAAAUAUACUAUUUAUACGUGA